AUGAGUUUAAUCUGGAAACGAUACGUGAGUCGAGCAGAGUAUCUACGAGAUGGACAUAAGAUAAUAGUGAUACCGAUCAGCAAGGGACAUCAAUUUAUAUACUACCAUCAUCAACAAGAGCAUUUGGAUACGAGUAAGCUGAUUGUAAAAGCAGAUCAGUGGGUGAUUAGUAAAAGUGUUGGUCUUUGGAGGAGGUUAGCUGAUAGUAAUAGGUCUAUAAAUGUCAAGAUAGUCAAUUGGGUUGAGAAACUAUUGAAUCAACUUCCUUGGCAAGAAGAAAGUUUCAAGAGUGUCCCAGUAGAGGAGCAUAUAAUUAAAGAACCUGGGUAUCAAUAUGUUUUAUAUAUGUUGGAUAAGGAUAAAGAUGUGAAUGUAGGGGUAAAGGACAGGGUGAACGAGAUUAAAAAGAUGUGUGAAGAUGGUGUCAACUAUCAUCGUCGACAUGCUAUAUAUUGUGCUGUUGGGUUGCCGUUGACUUUACCAAUGGCAUUGUUGCCAGUGGUACCGAACGUUCCUGGAUUUUAUCUCUUGUAUAGAAUAUAUGCAAAUUAUAAAGCAUACCACGGAGCUCUACAUCUAAUGAAUAUACUGAAGGAUGAGAAGAGAUAUCGCAUUGAGAGAAUUGAUGAUGCCCCUAAGGGAAUAAUACCUGCCACAGAUGGAGAAAGUGAGACAAAUGGUAUAGAUCAAUUGGUAGAAUUUCUUGAGAUUCCGUCGUUGAAGCAUCCGUUGCAAAAGGCAAUUACGCAAGAGCUGGAUAGACCCAAGGGAGAAUAA